UUGACAACGAAGGAAUUCCACUGCACGCCCAGGGCCAUGGCCUGGGCAGCCCGGGGCCUGGCUACGCCCCUGGCUAUAUAUACCUACAAAUAGCAGCAGCUGAUCGAUCGCAGAUGUGUGUAUUAUCACCUUCCUUUUUAGCUCCUCAUACAUACUCACAAGUGCAUAGGCAUGGCCAGCUCGUCAGCGUUGGAGUUCACCGUGAGGAGGAAGCUUGCGGUGCUGGUGCCGCCCGCGGCCCCUACGCCGCGGGAGCUGAAGAGGCUCUCCGACAUCGACGACCAGGACGGGCUCCGCUUCCAGCUCCCCGUCAUCCACUUCUUCCGGCAGCACGACGGCCGGGACGAUGACCCUGCGCCUGUACUACGCGGCGCCAUAGCGGCGGUGCUCGUGCACUACUACCCGUUCGCGGGGCGGAUGAGGGAGCUCAAGGGCCGCAAGCUCGCCGUCGACUGCACAGGCGAGGGCGUGCUGUUCGUUGAGGCUGACGCCGAUGUCCGCCUCGACCAGUUUGAUGCGGCCCUGGGGCCGCCCUUCCCGUGCCUCGACGAGCUACUAUUCGACGUCCCCGGCUCCUCCGGUAUCCUCGACUGCCCGCUCCUCCUUUUCCAGGUGACACGGCUCGCUUGCGGCGGCUUCGUCAUGGCUGUGAGGAUACAGCACACGAUGGCAGAUGCGGCGGGGAUGGUGCAGCUCCUGGGUGCUAUCGCGGAGGUUGCUCGGGGUGCGCCGGCGCCAACAGUGCGGCCGGUUUGGGGACGCGAGCUGCUGCAAGCGCCGCUGCUGAACGAUGAUGUACUACUCCCACCACGCUUUGCGCACCGUGAGUACGAUGAUGUGGUGGACAUGAGUGGCGCCAUUGCGCCCUUUGAAUUCAUGGUGCACCGCUCCUUCUUCAUUGGGUGGCGGGAGAUCUCCGCCAUCCGAUCCCACCUCCCGUCGGCUCUCAACCGCGAAGCUACCAACUUCGAGGUCAUCACGGGGUGCCUGUGGAGGUGCCGCACGGCAGCUCUGGACCCCCAUGCCGACGAGGAAAUGAGGAUAAUCUGUACCGUCAACAUCCGUGGCAAAAAAGACACUAUCAUCCCCGUCGGCUACUAUGGCAACGCCUUCGCUUCCCCGGUCGCCAUAUCCACUGCCGGUGACUUGCUCGCCAACCCUGUGAGCUACGCCGUGGAGCUGGUGAUGAAGGCGAAGCGGGAGGUGGAUGUGGAGUACAUCCUCUCCGUGGCAGCGCUCAUGGCACAACAUGGGCGGCCACACUUUGCGGUGGCACGCACCUACCUCGUGUCGGAUGUGACCAAGGUUGGAAUCCACGACCUUGACUUCGGCUGGGGCAAGCCGGUGUAUGCUGGUCCGGCGAAUGGCGGAGUCGUCGAAUUACCAGGCGUCGGCAGCUUCUUCAUUGCUGUAAGGAACGCCAUGGACGAGGAGGGUAUUGCAAUCCCCGUGUGCAUGCCCAGCCCCACCAUGGACAAGUUCGUUAACGAGAUGGGCAAGCUCAUGCGCCCGGCAUUGGCUGACACGUUUCCCAAGAUGUGAUCUGCCAUCUGAGUUGAAUCGUCAUCUGCUAUCACAGUUUCAAUUGACCAUCAAAGCUUGUACCUGAAAUCUCGACCAGCUAGAUGCUUCUGCGUUUAGUCACUUUUUUCUUUACCAAACGAUGUGUGCAUGAUUCAAAUUAUUAAUAAAGAUAGCCAUGAUGGACUUCCCCUCAAAAAAAUUUGAAUACUAUAUAUCUAGGGUUGUGCUAGGCGUCGACCGGGGAAUCUUUUAAAAAGAUCCGCCCACUCGACGGCCGUUAGAUCUUGCGUUAUCCAACGACCCACGUCCGCCCUCACUACUGCAACAAAGACCGUAUUGCAGAAGCCUUUGUAACAAAGCUCUUGUUGCAGAAACAUUUGUAACAGAGUUUUUUUUUCCAGCUUCAUCUUUUUGCAACAGAGAUGAUGUUGCAGAAAAAACUUCUACAACAUGGAUGAUAUUGCAGAAUUUAUUUUGUAAUGAAAGGAUGUCGCAGCGCACCGUUGUUGUUGCCGUCGCCGUUUUUCAACUCUGCCGUUGUUGCAGAAACUCGUCGCGCGUGCGUCCGCACGUCCUGAUGGACAUGGACGGCUUCUGCUACGUGAUGUUGACCUGACGGUCUCGCGGAAACUUCUGCGGCGGGGACCUCCGGUCUGGAUCACGCCGCGGCAGAGGUGGCAUGGCUCUUACCGUCGACACCUGGUGGCUUCCACGGUGACCGCUCAGGCCCAACCGCCCCGCCAUGGUCGGGAGGCCACCGCUAGCGGAGGUUGUGUCGUCCUCGUUGCCCUCCCUCACGCAGUUCCUUCCUGGAGAGCCUGCAGCGGACCGCUU